ACUUUUCAAAACCUGCCCAAAGGGUGUGUUUUUAGAGCGGUACGUAUAUUUGCUCCGCAUCACGCACUGCAGACAUGGAAAAAGGACUCGGUGUGUGUAAAAUCCUUAGUGUUUGUGCUACAAGACAUCGAAUAAGUUGUUUAAGGAGCGCUGAGGAGGAGCUCGCCUGACGCUGCAGCGAAUACAGCAACGUCAUCCGUAGUUCAACCGACUUUUCUUGUCGUCCGCAUCGGGACAGGACAGCAGAUUCCGACGUUAUCAAACGACCAAGAUGCGGAAAACGUGAUUUGGAGGACUGGCUGAACCGGUGAGGAGUGUUUUGGAGUUGUCAUUGAGCGUCCUUUUCAGGCAGCGUUUCUGAGGGGCUGCUAGUGCUGAUGGUGAUGUUGGAGGAAGAAAAUGAACAUCAGUUGUACCUUCUAGUGUAAUGCCUUGAGGGAAUCCUCUCACACCAGAUAUCUGAGUCGAGCAUAUAUACCCGCUUAUAUUUCCUGGUUUACAUGCAGGUAUUUACACUUUUACCUGUGUGUGUUUCCUGGUUUGCAGCGUCUUCACCUGGGGAGGGUGUGCUGCCCGUUUUAAGUGCUUUACUCAAGCCAGGAAGUAGGAAACCCAAGAUCCUUUUAGAUUUACGUCAGAAAAUGAUCCAGGAAUUACCUAGUAGAUUAAAACGAAACUUCACCGUAGAGCAAAUUAAUUCACCGACUGUUUUGAUCAGAUAAUAUCGUGUUAUUCGUGUAUCCGGAGAAGCUUGAUUUCUCUCAUCUUUUGAAACGCACAACUAUCAUGGAGCUUAAGAUGUUCAUCAUGAUCUUGGGGCUCCUUGUGGCCAGUUUGAUGCCCUUCGUAGUGGCCUCCAGUUCUCCAGCCGUGGGCAACGAUCAAGGGGGGUCCCGGGUGACCACGAAUCACAGGGACUCGACGAACAACUCUGCUUAUGAAAAAAAGCCCUUUCCGGUUCUGUUAUUUGACUAUGAACACGUCCGGCUCCCCUUUGAGAUUUCAUUAUGGGUUCUGCUGGCUUCACUGAUGAAAUUGGGGUUCCACCUGAUCCCUCGCGUGUCCUCCAUUGUGCCGGAGAGCUGUCUGCUGAUCGUUGUGGGCCUGCUGAUCGGCGGUCUCAUGAAGCUGGUAGGCGAGGACCCUCCAGUGCUGAAGUCCGACAUCUUCUUCCUCUACCUGCUGCCUCCCAUCAUCCUCGACGCCGGCUACUUCCUGCCCAUACGGCCCUUCACUGAGAACCUGGGGACGAUUCUCAUGUUUGCAGUGGUGGGAACGCUCUGGAAUGCUUUCUUCGUUGGUGGUCUGCUGUAUGGGGUUUGCCAGCUCGAGGGCCAUGACCUAGGGAACGUGGACCUCCUGUCCUGCCUGCUGUUCGGCUCCAUCAUCUCAGCCGUAGACCCUGUGGCCGUGCUGGCUGUGUUUGAGGAGAUCCACAUUAACGAGCUGCUCCACAUCCUAGUGUUUGGAGAGUCUUUGCUUAAUGAUGCCGUCACUGUGGUGCUCUAUCAUCUCUUUGAGGAGUACAGCAGUGUGGGUACAGUCAAUGUGACGGAUGUGUUUCUGGGUGUCGUGUGUUUUCUGGUGGUGUCGUUGGGCGGUAUUGUGGUAGGUGCCAUCUAUGGCAUCUUGGCAGCCUUCACGUCGCGGUUCACCUCGCACACGCGUGUCAUCGAGCCUCUGUUCGUCUUCGUCUACAGCUACAUGGCUUACCUGUCGGCCGAGCUGUUUCACCUGUCCGGCAUCAUGGCACUAAUCGCAUGUGGUGCCGUCAUGCGUCCCUACGUGGAGGCCAACAUUUCCCAUAAAUCCCACACCACCAUCAAGUACUUCCUGAAGAUGUGGAGCAGCGUGAGCGACACGCUCAUCUUCAUCUUCCUGGGCGUGUCGACAGUGGCCGGGCCGCACAGGUGGAACUGGAUCUUUGUGGUCUCAACCGUCAUUUUCUGCCUAGUGGCGCGUGUUCUGGGUGUUGUUGGCUUGACCUUUGUGAUCAACAAGUUCCGUAUCGUCAAACUCACCUCUAAGGACCAGUUUAUCAUCGCUUACGGCGGGCUGAGAGGAGCGAUCGCCUUCUCCCUAGUGUACCUGCUGGACGAGGCACACUUCGCUAUGAGGAACAUGUUCCUCACCGCCAUCAUCACUGUCAUCUUCUUCACUGUGUUUGUGCAGGGCAUGACCAUUCGACCUUUGGUGGACCUCCUGGCGGUGAAGAAGAAACAGGAAACGAAGCGAUCUAUUAAUGAAGAGAUUCACACACAGUUUUUGGACCAUCUGCUAACCGGCAUCGAGGACAUCUGUGGACAUUACGGACAUCAUCACUGGAAGGACAAGCUGAAUCGGUUCAAUAAGAAGUACGUGAAGAAGUGCCUGAUAGCGGGUGAGCGUUCUAAAGAACCGCAGCUGAUCGCCUUCUACCACAAGAUGGAGAUGAAGCAGGCCAUCGAGCUGGUGGAGAGCGGCGGUGGAGCCAAGCUGCCUUCUGCCCUGCCGUCCACCGUCUCCAUGCAGAACAUCCAGCCCAAGAAGCCUCCUCAGGACCGUGCGCUGCCGCAGCUCUCCAAGGCUCGUGAGGAAGAGAUCAGGAAGAUCCUGCGCACCAACCUGCAGAGGACCCGCCAGAGACUGCGCUCGUACAACAGACACACACUGGUUGCUGAUCCGUAUGAGGACGGCUGGAACGAGAUCCUCAUCAAACGGAAGAAAAUGAUGGAGCUGGAAAAGAAGAUAUCACAGAUGAACAAUUACCUCACUGUUCCUGCUCAUCCCCCUGAUUCACCCACCAUCGCUCGAGCUCGACUGGCUUCAGACCCUCAAGCUUGGGGCAUCAAGUCCAUGACAGAAAGCAUCCCCACCAUUAAAGUGGACCUCGCCUCACCGCAGAGCCCAGAGUCCGUCAACGUGGUGGACGAGUUUGGCAAGAAGGGAAGCCAGCCGAAGGUGAGCGAAGAGGAUGAAGCCGGCCUCACCAUGAAAGUUCCCUCUCCUGCGAAGCAGAGAAAGGACAAGAAGCCCGACGAGGAUGACGACAAAGAGCCACAGCAACGGCUCAUGCGCUGUCUCAGCGACCCGGGCCCCGCCCCCGAAGAGGAAGACGAGGACGAGCCUUUCCUCCCCUAAGAAAGCAAGCGUCUGUCCUAAGGAGGACGAACGAGCUCCGGCCGCCUCCUCAAGGACGUCCCGGGGAUCAUUAACUGUUGUAACACAGAGGACAGAUGUUUAAUCUGUAGGAAGCCAAAACGAGAACGUCAGGAAAAUGAACCAAAAUAAAGGAAAUGAAAGGGAGUGAUCAAAAUAAGCCAUUGAUUUUAUUUUUGUUUAUCAUUGCUCUUUUCAUUUGAAGCCUAACACUGUCCGUACCAGGCGUGAUGCGACUCAGAUCCUAAGCGAUGAGUGAUUGAGUUUCAGGUUUAUUAUUUCCGGUCGCAUCACGUCCGGUUCGGAAGUAAACGUUCCCGUCCGGCAUUUGCUACGGAAUAGUAAUAUUCCACACGAGGGGAACGGAUCUAUGCAUUACCAAAGGGUCGCACUGUUCAGUCUAUUCAGGUGAAACGCUUCUGUUGUCAUUUUGGUGCAUUAAUGCAUUUUCUAGUUCACGAUGCUUUUGUGUUCGUUCACAUGAAUUGCCUUUGUUUUCGUGAUGCGAGUAUCACAUUUUACCUCUAGGGGAAUUAGUUUUGUUUAUCAGGAGCAAUACAAAACUGGCCUUUCUUAUAGUUAUCAUACAGAUGGUGCGUAUUUACACUGGCUUAUUACAUCGUCCCACACCUGGAGGAACAUUUAAGUCACGCUCCAUUUGCAGUGCACAUAACAAACCUGAGAAACAACUAUGUUCAUUGUGAUUGCACAAAGAGAUUUACAUAUGUAAAGACUUUAUUUUACACCAAAAACGUGGAUUGACCAGUUUGAUUGGUUGUGAUCGUGUUUCCUGUUUUCUUUGCUCGUACUUUAUAUCAAAGAACAUUUUGUUCUAAUAGUCUUUAACUCCCUUUAAAUGCACUCAAGCGCUUUGGUGAGCGGUCAUGAGCACUCUAAAAAAAAAACAUAUGGACCGUCAUAUCAGCAAAUCUUGAUUUAAAGGAAUAGUUCAUGCAGAAAGAACACACUUCUGUCAUUAUUUGCACACCUUUGUUUCAUUCCAAACAAAUUUUUUGUUUGUUUUUUUUGUUUUUUUUCCCUCCACCUUGGAAAGACAAAUGUUGACCCCAUUUGUUGAUCUCCAAAAAGCAUCUUGAAAGUAUCCAAACUGUCAUCUGUAGGAUUUUAUACAUUAUAUUCCAAUUCUUCUGAAGUCAUACAUUUAUAGAAGCCCAUUUCUACCUCAAAACGUCAUGGUAAAUCAUAAUGACACAGAAUGAAAAUAUGAGAUACUAAAUCAUUAAAGUGAGGAUAAAGGUAUAAUUUUGACAUAGUAUCUCAUGUUUUGACUGUUGAUGUUGUAAUUAUAACACACUAAGUGAAAAGUCAAAAUUAUGGGACAAAAAGCUGCAAUUAUGAUUGAGUCAAAAACAAUGAAAUACAAAGUCAUAUUAAUGAGAUCAAAAUACAUAAUUUUGACAUAAAAAUCUAAAUAUAAUGUAGCAAGUCAGAAUUAUGACAUACCAAGACAAAUUUAUGAUAAAAACUGUUACAAAUUAAUUAUGUGAUAAACCAUAAUUGAAAUAAAACAUCAAUAUAUGAGAAACUAAGUCAGAAUUAUGACAUACUAAAACAAAUUUAUGACUAAAGGCUAUUAUAAAGUCGAAGUUAUGAGAUGGAAAGUCAAAAAUUGACAAAGUUGAAAAUGAAAAAAAAAAAUCAAAAUGGACAGUGUCAUAAUUAUGAUGAGUUAAAACUGAGAUAAAAAGUAAAAAUGAUGUCAGUCAAAAUAUAAGAUACUAAGUCAUAAAUCUGAGAUAAAAAGUCAGAAUUAUGUCAUGCUAAGAUACAUUUAUGGUAAAAACUAUUAUAAAGUCGAGAUUAAAAAGUCAUAGUGAGUCAUAAUUAUGAGAUAAGCCAUAAUUGACAUAAAAAAUUAAAAUAUGAGAUACUAAGUCAGAAUUAUGACAUACUAAGACAAAUUUAUCAUAAAAACUAUAUAAAGUUGAAAUUAUGAGAUAGAAAGUCAAUUGACAAAACAUCAAACUAUCAGAUACUAAGUGAGAAUUAUGAGAUAGAAAGUUAGAUUUAUGACAUACUAAGACAAAUUUAUGAUAAAAACAGUCAAAAUUGACAAAGUUGAAAUUAUGAGAAGUCAAAAUUGACAGUCAUAAUUAUGGCGCAGUAAAUAAGUAUGAGAUAAAAAAUUGAAAUUAUGACAAGUCAAAACUAUGAUAUAAAACGUAAAAAUGAUGAGAAAGUCAUAAUGUUAGUUAAAAUAUGGGAUACUGAGUCAGAAUUAUAAGAUAAGCCAUAAUUUAUAUAACAAAUGAAAACUAAGAAUUAUGAGAUACUAAGAAUUAUGACAUAUUAAGACAAAUUUGUCAUAAAAACUAUAUAAAUUUGAAAUUAUGAGAGUCAUAAUUGACAAAACUUCAAAAUAUUAGAUGCUAAGUGAGAAUUAUGAAAUGUAUAAAUUAAAAUAUGAGAUACUAAGUCAGAAUUAUGACACAGUAAGACAAAUUUAUCAUAAAAACUGUUGCAAAUAAUUGAGAAACCAUAAUUGACAUGCAACAAAAAUGAGAUAUUAAGUGAGAAUUAUGAGAUAAAAAGUUAGAAUUAUGAGAGUAAAUCAAAUUUAUGAGAUUGUCAAAACUGACAAAAGUUGAAAUUGCGAUAAUAAUUGACAUAAAAAACUUAAAAAAUAAAAAUAAAAAAAAACUAUUGCAUAUAAUUGAGAAACCAUAAUUGACAUGCAACAUAAAAAUAUGAGAUAUUAAGUCAGAAUUAUGAGAUAAAAAGUCAGAAUUAUGACAUACUAAGACAAAUUAAUGAUAAAAACGAAAUAUUUGAGAAACCACAAUUGACAUGCAACAUCAAAAUAUGAGAUAUUAAGUCAGAAUUAUGACAUAUUUAAGACAAAUUUAUGAUGAUAACUCUUACAAAUUCGAAAUUAUGAGAAGUCGAAAUUGACAAAAGUUGAAAUUGAGAUAAUCAUUGACAAAAAAACUAUUGCAAAUAAUUGAGGAACCAUAAUUGACAUGCAACAUCAAAAUUAAAAUUUUAAGUGAGAAUUAUGAGAUAAAAAGUCAGAAUUAUGACAUGCUUAGACAAAUUAAUGAUAAAAACUAUUGCAAAUAACUGAGAAACCAUAAUUGACAUGCAACAUAAAAUUUGAGAUAUUAAGUCAGAAUUAUGAGAUAAAAGGUCAGAAUUAUGACAUACUAAGACAAAUUUAUAAUAAAAACUUACUAAUUCGAAAUUAUGAGAAGUCGAAAUUGACAAAAGUUGAAAUUGAGAUAAUAAUUGACGUAAAGAAAACUUAAAAAAAAAAAAAAACUAUUGCAAA